AUCUAAAUCUGUUUAGUUGGGAUUCCUGUGGCGUUGAGCCUGCAAGGCAAACCGCAUACCUGAAUCCAAGAUGGCUGCCCACAGAAUCACGAAGAAAGAAAAGAACUUUUGAUCGGCUGGUAGUUUCACCAAGAAUUUUUAGUGAAUUGUCGUGAAUCAUGGCAGGAGCGGCAUUAAAAAGGCUUAUGGCCGAAUAUAAACAGUUAACUCUCAAUCCUCCAGAGGGAAUCAUAGCAGGUCCUAUGGCUGAAGAUAAUUUCUUUGAAUGGGAAGCUUUGAUAUCGGGACCAGAAGGAACAUCAUUUGAAGGGGGCGUGUUCACCACCCGUUUGACAUUCCCUCAUGACUAUCCCUUGAGUCCCCCAAAGAUGAGAUUUGUAGGGGAGAUGUUUCAUCCAAAUGUGUAUCCUGAUGGAAGAGUUUGCAUUUCUAUCCUCCAUGCUCCUGGAGAUGAUCCCAUGGGAUAUGAAAGUAGUGCUGAGAGAUGGAGUCCUGUCCAGUCUGUAGAAAAAAUACUUUUAUCUGUCGUAAGCAUGUUAGCAGAACCAAAUGAUGAAAGUGGAGCAAACGUUGAUGCAUCGAAAAUGUGGAGAGAAAACAGGACAAAGUUCAAUGAAAUUGCUCAGCAGAUAGUAAGGAAAUCACUUGGAUUAUGAUGGAUGGUGGUAUGCUGCAGAAAUGCUGUGAAUCUGUGUCCUAAGUUUGAGAAUGCUGAGCAAGCAGUAAUUUUAGAGCGACUGCAUAUGACCUUGAAUUAGAUAGAGUGCAUACCAUAUUAUAUCUAUGAAAAAGUUGAUUUUUGUAGAUUUAAUUUGGCCCCUGAAACACUAAAUAUUAUUAAAAUGAUUUUAAAAAUAAAAAUACCCCACCCACAGAGGAAUUUGGAAUUUCCAAGGGGUGGGGGGAAUCAGAGAAAGAACAAAAUUACAGAGUUUGUAUGGAAGAAAAUUGGAAUUUCCAGAGGUAGGGUCUUAGAAAAAAAUUCCUCCGUGGGGGAGGUAUGGAUAAUGUCUGGAACUACACGAUAUAAUCAAGGACACUAGCUCACUGCAACAAAGAAAUUAGAAAGCAAAACAAGGAUACUUUGUAUCAAUCAUAAUUAAGGCUUCAAGCAACAUAAUACUAAGGUAAAGCAAGGAAAAUUAUUAAAUUAUUACAUAUAGUCCCAGUUAAAUUUAUUCCAUCCAAGUUGUCUCCAGGCUAUUAAAGCAGAUGUCCUUGCGUCAACACACGAUUGGUGUGUCAUAACCCUGAGAGUAUCUGCAUACUAAAGUAGUACACAUACUCUCCCUGUGCUCUCCUCUAUCUAUGUAGAGAGAUUUUUGAGGGAUUCAAAAGGUUAUUUAUUUAGUGAAGUUUUCUGUCAUUUGUACUGCUGGGGUGAAGAACAAGAAAUAACCAAAAAACUGCACAGGAAUCCCUCAUUGGGUAUAGGGAGGUUUAACAUUGGUAAUGUCAGUUUAUUUUCUGGAACUACAUACAUAUUUGAAUAGUAAAAAAGUACAGUGGUUUGCAGACACUGAACAAACUGCUUUCAAAAGCACUGAUGGUUGGCCAUGAGCAAUGUAUUUUACCCUUAUGUAUGCCUGUGAAAAGUGGCUGGCCACGACACAGUCAGGGAACAUUGGUUAAGCUCAUUGCAGAGCUCAAUCAGGAUGCUGCACAUCCAGGCAUGGCACAACACAUCGUUAUCAUGAGUAUUUAUUUUACAGUCAUGUGCAAUCUAUUCUAUAACACGGUGGAACAGGGGCUUUGGCAUCAUGUUUCAUGCAUAAUAAUUUUUAAUGUUUCUAAAAAUCACAUAUCACAUGUAAUUUGACACAAAAAUGGAUCACCAAAUUGAAUUGAUUAUUUCACAAAUCACACACAUUUCAAAAAAAGAAUGUCACACCACAUGUACAGUAACCUGGAAUUCACAAACCAUAGUCUACAUUUUGCUAUUUUCACAUAUAAAGCACUUAUUUUAGCCAAAAUCAUGCGUCACACAUAAUAUAACCAGUGUCACCCUGCUAUGUACUUAUUCUAUGGUAGUUUAAAAAACUGAGGUGCACAAAAGGAGCUCUAGGUCUGAGCAGUGUUUAUCUUUUUACUAGAAAAAUGUAAAUGAGACAUUAAAAAUACAAAAAGAAUUCGAAA